UUUGUUCACCAACAGAUAAGCACUAGCCUUCUUCUUCUCAUUCCUUCCUUAUCACAACACAUUUCCCUUUCUCAUUUUCUCUGUUGCAUCUGAAUCACCGCCGUCCAUGGAAGAAAUAGAUGUCGCCUUCGUCCAAGAACCUCACCACAGACCCAACCCCUCUCUCAUACAAGAGGCUCAGGGCAUCCCUCUCAUUGACCUCUCUUGCCCCGACGUCGACGCUCUCGUCGCCGACAUAGGCAAUGCCUGCAGGCAAUGGGGCUUCUUCCAGAUCAUCAACCACGGCGUUCCGGCCGAGCGCCUGCACAAGCUGCAGGAGUCGGUGCGGAAGUUCUUCCUUCUAAGCCUCGACGAGAAGAGGAAGGUCAGGAGAGACGCCAGGAAUGUGCUGGGGUAUUACGACACAGAACACACCAAGAACGUCAGAGAUUGGAAAGAGGUGUUCGACUACACGGUGCAAGAGCCCACUCUCGCCGCCGCCUCCAUCGAUGAGGAUGACGACGGAGUGGCUCACUGGGAGAAUCAGUGGCCUGAAAACCCUCCUGAAAUGAGAGAAGCGUGUCGGGAAUAUGCAAAAGACAUGGUGGAACUGGCCACAAGACUGAUGGAACUAAUCGCUAUGAGCUUGGGGUUACCGCCAAGGAGGUUUGAGGAUUUCUUCAAGGACCACACCAGCUCCGGCAGAAUAAACCGGUAUCCGCCGUGUCCAACGCCGGAGCUUGCUCUCGGGGUGGGCCCCCACAAAGAUCCAGGGGUUCUGACCAUCCUUGCUCAGGACGAAGUGGGCGGGCUUGAGGUGAAGAGAAAAUCCGACGGCCAAUGGGUUGCGGUAAAGCCCACACCCAAUGCUUUCAUCAUAAAUCUUGGGGAUGUUCUUCAGGUAUGGACGAAUGGAGAAUAUGAGAGCGUAGAGCACAGAGUGAUGGUGAACUCAGUGAAGGAGAGGUAUUCAGUACCGUUCUUUCUGAAUCCUUCGCAUUACAUAAUGGUGAAGCCAUUGGAGGAACUGACCGGCGAGCAAAACCCAGCCAAGUACAGGCCUUACAACUGGGGGAAGUUUGCACUGACGAGGAAGCGCAGUAACUUCAUGAAGUUGCAGGUUGAAAAUAUCCAGAUUCACCAUUUCCAGAAUAAUGUUCAGGCCAAGAAUUAUUUACCAGAUUGUCCUAAAAUUGUCGUGUGAUGAACAUGAUGAAACGGUGGCCACUCAAUGCUGCUGAUCAAAGAAGAUAAAUAUGUAUUUCUUUUGUUCUUUUUUAACUUGGCCAGCCACGUGUGUGCAUUGAUAAGUAUAAUAUAUUUAGUUGAGCAA